AUGGCGACCUUAGCAACAAAAAUAUUAUAUUUCACAUAUGGAAGAUAUUUAGGAAAUUUUGUGUUUGAUACAUUUUUAUUCUUUUCGAACUAUCUAAAUUUAGUGUGCUUUGUUUUAAAAAAGAUAUCUAACAUAUUUGAUGUUACAAAUUAUAAAGAUUUAUGCAACAAAAGAAUACACAGCAUUAAGUCACCAAACUUUAAAGGAAUAGUAAAGGAAAAUAAAAAUAUGCAUCUUUUCAAUGUUGCAAAUGUAAACGAUUUAGAAUUUUUUAACAGUUCAAUACUCGAAACAGAAACUGUGAUAAACGAAAGAGCGCCAACGGAGUUUGACGAUUUUGGUGAUGACGAAUACAAUUUUGACUUUCUCGAUUUAGUUCAUAAUAAUAAUCUUGACGAAUAA